CGUAGUUUUGUAAAGGAAGUGUAAUUUUUUAUAUCAGGAUUUCCUUUUUCAUUUUUCUUAAAAUACUUUCUUGAAGUGUUUACUUAUUAUAGACCAUUUUCAUAAAUAUUUAUAUAGAAUCCUUUAUCCUGUUGAGAUCAAAAAAUUAUUGAAUAUUGUAAUGAACGAGCCUGACCCUUUCUCUCCUACCUAUGUUCCUGAAAUGAGUAAAACCAGUAGUAUCUCAACGUCUACUACUAAUUGCCCUUCAUUGUCACAUAAUCAGUCGCCUGAUCUAUCUACUCAGCCACAGCAUGGUAUCCCAUUUUAUACUGUUGCCUUGUCUACAGCAAAAGAUUCUUUGGCGUCGGCCACAGCUGUGAGGGCCGGGCGUAUCAGUUCUUCUACGGUUAACCCUCAGUCUAUUACGCCUCCCUCUCUCCAAACGCUGCCGACUAAUGCUGUUGUAGGUAAUGAAUCCAGAAAACUCACCGGUGAGUUCGAUCUUCCUGGACGUCUUUUUGGGAAUAGACGAACUCCACUUUCUGCACUGACUGAUAAAAUGACAACGGUUAGCACUAAUAACAGUCAGAACUCUCCUGCUGGUAUUGACUUGGCUUCGUGUUCAUCGCCGGACAAUAUCCGAAAGGAGCGACCACCGGUGCAAAACCCUAUUUCUACGUCUAUUCUACAUUCUACAGCAGCUGAUACAGUCACCACACCACCAAUUUCACGGAAACCCCUGGAAGAUACUAUCUUCUUCUCAGAUAUACUCUUUAUGUGGAUGGGAGUGGAUCAGACAACACAUAUUACCUAUAAUGACGCGACGGGGUGCUACGAGAUGAAUCCAAAUUCAGGCAGCGAAGGGCAACUUCAAGCCUUGACGCUUCUUCAGCCGUGUGGUGUUCUGGCGCGCAGUAUAGAGGAAUCUCUUCGCCGCAGCUUGGGGGAAAACUCAUUCCUCCAACAAAGUCUGCGCAGUGCGCUACGGAGGCAGUUGACGCAGUACCACUAUCUAUUAUCGACCAUUCGCGAGAAGCAAACUCCAACUCUUACUCUGGGUGAUCUUAUAGUGGUUCACCAGCGAGUCUACCCUAAGCUGUGGGUAAUGCAUCAUAUACUACGGGAAACUGAGUGUGUGAAAGGCGGUGAAAUGGCCUCAGUGCUGCGGAAGCGGGUUCAACAGGGCUCUCAUCGGUUGUCGGCACUACUACGUGACAUCUACACCGAGGCUAUUAGCCCAUUAUUGCGUAUGACCGUCGUCUGUAUAACCCGUGGAGAGGUAACGGAUCCGUUUAACGAGUUUUUUAUUGUUUCGAAUGACAAGGUCGAUGAUACUUCGGAUAGCUUCUGGACUAGCAAGUUUAGUCUAUCACGUAAUAUGCUCCCUGUAACUGUGUCGCGCGCUGUAGCUGAGGAUGUGCUUUUAGUUACUAAAAAUAUUUGUUUCAUUUAUAACUGUUGCCGUGCAAAGCAGUGGCGCAUGGACCCUGGCAUUGUUGCGGAGGCGAACCAGGCUUCCUUUGAAACCCUUCCGAGCGUAGUAUGUGACGCGCUCACGUACAGUAACGCGGCUGUUUUACGACUUCUACGGGAACAAUUUAAGCUAGACGAUAUCUUUCGGAUGGUAAACGCUUUCUUACUUGUAGGACACGGCGGAUUUUUUGAGAUUCUUAUACCCAAGCUUGUGCCGAUCCUUUCUAAACUAAGCCAUACCAUACAUGUGUCUGUAGUACGUGACCAAAUGUCGAGUGCCCUUCUUGAGAUUGCACCCUACACAAGACACUUAGACACCGACCGCUUUAGUGCCUUACAUUGUGAGAUUAUUAAGGAUGAGUCCAAGCUAGGAUGGGAUGCCUUUGUCAUCACUAUGCCGCUGUCAUCACCGCUUAGCAAUAUUUUCGACUCUGUAGCCGCAAAAAUGUACCGUCCUUUGUUUCGUAUUCUCUUUAAGGUUAAGGUCGCUGAGGUAUCGCUAAAGACGGCCUGGCGGCAGAGUGUGAUUAUUGAUCGCGCAAUUGGUGUCCUACAGCAGCAAGGAGCAGAGGAGAUGGCAGCCUGGUGCGAGGUCGCAGCAGAUGCUCAUCUCCUUGGCCUCCAGCUAAACCAUUUUGUGAUCAACCUCUGGUCCUAUCUGGUGUCUGAAGUGUCCAUGGUGGCGUGGGACCUGUUGCAGAAAGCUCUCAGACGCUGCACUUCGCUUGACGACAUCCGCGUCGCGCAUCACGCCUAUUUGGCUUACCUUUUUCAGCGUUCUCUGCUGCACCAUGACUGCGCCUCAAUCCGUGUGAACGUUGAGAAUAUUAUUACUAUUGCUCGAGAGUACUGUGGAUCACAGGCACUUUUGACAUCGCUGAUUGAACGGGGCUCUGGAGAGGUAGUCUCUAUCAGGCAGCAAUAUCAGAGCCUCACUGACGAUUUUCAUCGUGAGAUGUCCGCUUUGCUCACCACUUUAGAAGAACAACACCUACAGUUUGAUUUUCUUAAUUUUUUGCUGUUGCGACUCAAUUUUAAUCGAUACUAUCGAAACGGUGCAAUCAGUUCAAAUACAGAUUUCUAA